AUGUCGAUCGACAAAUUACUCGAGCUGGAUGUAGGCACGUUGGCUAGCGAGAUCGGCAGAUUGGAAGACUCAAUCGCUCGGUUGAUUCAGUCGAAUCAGGAGAUGCUGGAGUACGAGGACGAGUGCGGUUCGGACCCAGAAGCCAGAGAGACCUUCAAAGAAGCACGGGAAGAAAAUCUAGUCACCAUCGAGACCCAAAAAGAAAGGAUCGAAAUGAUCAAGUGGUGUAUCAGAAGAAAAACUCAACGAGAUGGGGUUGACAACGCCCACUACCACGUCAAUCACUCAGAUCCACCAGUGAAAAGAGGCACAACCGCCUCCCCGGCUCACUUUAUUGCUACCGGAGACAACAUAAUGACAGAGGAUGAUGAAUCCACGGGAUUGGACCCAGAUGAUGGGAUUAACUUGUAA